AUGGCAGACCGUGAUGAAAAUAACACUAUACCUGCACAGCAAGCAAUAACGCAGCCGCUUCAAACUACGGCUACUAUCAUCAAUGCAAUUUCUGGGGAAUCUAUAACCACUAAUGUUGACUUCUUCGUUUCCCUGGAGAAAUUCAAACAAUUCAUUUCUAGGAAAUGGAAAAUACCUCCCGAUCAGCUACUGAUUUUAUUGCCUUACGGUAACAAGCUAAAACCGUCCAUGUUCAAAGAGCUGCUAAUUAAUAGAACAUUCACGCUGAGCGAGUUUUAUAUCUACGAUAGAAGGUUAUUCUCACUUGUUGAUAAGCCUACACCAACAAACCUCACAACAUCAAGAGACAUCAAUUUUGAAAACUCCCUUAAUUCCAAAGACUUGUCAGAGACUUUAGAAUAUUUAAUCAAGAAUAGUCAUAUCUCCCCGUAUCAAGGUAGCGAUACUAUCAUGAUAAAGCCCAUGUCUUCGCCAUUAGAAGAUGCAGAUGUCGCUCUUUCGCAUUUAAAUUAUCAUACGGUGACCAGCUUACUGACCACAAAUCUUGGCUGGUUAAGCGCUUUGGAGAUAGAUGUCCACUAUUUCAAGAGUCUUAUACCAGAUACUAUUUCCCAGAUUAUGCAUAUUUUUGAUAGUUUAACGGUCUGCUCGCAGUAUCUAAAACUGUAUUGCUUUGAUGUCGAAAACUUGUACAAUUCAAACGUCCAAUUUUUAAAUCAGUUGGUAGAAAAUGGCAUGGCUUCUAAGUGGGAGAAAUGUUUCAAUGAGACUCUGAGUAAGUUGACUGGUUUAGAAGAUGAUUCUUUGCAAAAAUUCAUCAGUAUUGAAUCUCUUCUGGAAAAUGAAAAAUCUGUCAAAUUUCUAAGUCAUUCAAUCAACAAUAAACUGAAUAAAAUCAAGAGAGAAAUUGACGAAAAUUCAAAUUUUAGAGACACCAUAACCAUGAACAUCGACCAACUACGGCAGCAAUUUACACCAAAUGAGUCCAAAUAUGAACUAGAAGAUAGAAUGGCUGAAAGCUUUGAAGUCUUGGUUACAGAAAUGCGAUCAAGAAGCAGACAUGUUCUUGAGAAAGAAUCAGAAGAAUUCGGCAAUCAAGAAUUUCUAAGAAGCAUAAAUGUAAUGUUGGAAGAAGAUAAAAAGAACUCGGUCAAGUCUUUAUUUACCAUUUCACAGGCGCUGUAUUCCCAAACUGAAGAGUUAAUUAAUUUGAAAAAGAACCUGCAAAAACAUGCAAUUGUUACUUUGGGUAACAUAGCAUUCACUCAAAUGGAAAUUCUAGGUAUUAAAAGGCUACUGUUGAAUGAAUGUAAUAAAGAUUUGGAGUUAUACAAAAAGUACGAGGUGGAGUUUGCACAAGUGGAGGAUUUACCCUUGAUAUAUGGGCUAUAUUUAAUUGAGAAAUAUCGUAGAUUGUCAUGGUUUCAACAAAUCCUGUCGUUUGUCUCCAGUUUUGAUCAAGAUUUCAAGUUAUUCAAGCAGAAUGAAUUGCAAACAAGAAGCAAAUGGAUCGAAAAUUUUGGAUCCAUCGCAACUGUUUUUUGCGAAGAUUUAUUGUCCUCCUCUGACUUCAAAUAUUUAAGCGAAUAUCAUUCUCUUUCUUCUCCACCCAAUAAUGAGGGCAAAGACGAAAAUAAGAACAGUAUCGCUCGUUAUCACCGAGAUCUGGUAAAACUAUCCCAAGUCAUUGAAAAUUAUAUGGCACAGAUAAAAGAAACUAAUGUUCCAGCCGCAAUUACUGAUUUACUUUCAAAAACACUUUUGGAAGCAAAACGAUUUCAUGUGAUUUAUUCCAAUUUCAAAAUUAAUAACAAUAAGAACUCCGACACUAAUAAUACUACCCCUGAAGAAUCCACUGUGUUCAGGAGUGAUGAUGUAAUCAAAGGCUACAAAACAAGAAUAAAGAAAUUAGAGUCGUUAUUACAUGAGUUUCAGUAUUCUGACAUAGACCAUUGGCCUCAGGGUAUUCUCAAUACUCAACUUAGACCUUUCCGUGGUUCCAUCCCCAGUAUAAAUAAAAAAAAAUUCUUAGGUGCGUCUUUGUUGUUAGAACCUUCCAAUAUUUCUGUAAACAAUGGAAGGACGUCACAGUUUAAUAGUCAUCAAGUCCAAGAGUUGGAGAGUAAUGUAGAGGAUUUAUUGCAGCAAAUUCGAUUUUUGAGAGAGGAGAAUAUUCAAAAAUCAAAAGAUAUUUCAGAAAUGAAGAAAAAUAUAAGUGAUUCAGAGGUGGAAAAGAAAGCUUACCGCGAAACUUUGAAUAACUUGAACCAGGAACUGGCAAGAUUAACUAAUGAAGAACAGUCGCAUGAAACUGAAGUUUUCGCGCUCAAUGCCACUUUCAAAAAACAAUUGAAUGAUAUAAUUGCCCAAGACAACGAAAAAUUGGCCAAGAUUGACAAGUUAACAAAUGAUUAUUGUGAUAUUUCCAAAUCCAGGGAACGUUUGCAAUUGGAGCUAGAUGAAGCCCGUAAAGAACAUGAAGAAGAGAACAAUUCGUUAAAGGCUAUUAUUGAAAGAAUGAAUGGACAAUUUACAACUUUGAAGAACAAUGAUAGUGAGAUCAAAUCAAGUUCCAUCGAAAAAAUUGAAAAGAUUGAAACGACUCCUUCAAGUGGUGGCCCGGAUAGAAACGAUCUGGUUUCUUUUUCCACACAGGUUUUGCAAGAUAAAAUAUUUGAUAUAAUUUCAACAAAUAUUUUUAUCUUAGAGAAUAUUGGGCUUUUGUUAACUUUUGAUAAUAACAAUAACAUUCAAAUAAGGCGUGUUAAGGGGUUGAAGAAGGGAGCUGCUCAGAGUAAUAUCCUGGAUGAAAGUACUCAGAUGCUGGACAUGGAUGAUUCUAUGAUAAAAAGUCCGGUCUUCCAAAAACUAAAGGACGAGUACAAUUUAAUAAAGUCAUGUACUAAUGGAGCUGAUAAAGAUACCCAGCAAAGCAUUUUCGUGGAGAAUAUCGCGCAAUUAUACGACAGCAAGCUUUAUGAAGUCGCAGUCAUCAGGAGAUUUAAGGAUAUUGAAACUUUGGCUAAAAAAUUAACUAAAGAAAAUAAAAUUAAGAGGACACUAUUAGAAAGAUGUCAAAGGGAAAAAGUAACUUUGAAGAACUUUCAAAUUGGUGAUUUAGCAUUGUUUUUACCAACAAGAGAGAAUGUUAAUUCCAUUGGGUCUAUGUCAUCCUCUACCUCAUCACUAAGCUCAUCAUUCUCAUCGGUUGAUUUAUCAACACCGCCACCUUUGGACCCCAUAUCUACGCAAUCGUCUCCCUCGAUAAUACAUAGCAACGUCGUCAAUCAAGUAAGAACUGCCUGUAAAGAUAAGAACAAGCUGACGAAACCUUGGGCUGCAUUUACCGCCUUUGAGGAAAAUACUAGAUAUUUUCUAAAGGAUGAAAAGGGAUUAACAAAGGGAAAGGAGUGGUUUGUAGGAAGGAUUGUCACUUUGGAACAUUUUGUAGCGGAUAGUCCCUCUAACAAUCCAUUUCGAUUACCCAAAGGCGCGAUUUGGUUUCAAGUCACUGCUGUUAUAGUUUCAUAUCAGGGAGUUUAA